ACCAGGUGCCUAGGGCUCAGAGCUGUUGUAACAUUCAGAUGCAUCCAAGAGUUAAGGACUCCAGUACCCAAAGUUCUGAGCUCCAACACUAGGAGGCAAAAUGACUGAAGAGCUCAAGAAAGGAACUAAGGGCAGAAUCUGUAAGAAGCUCAGACAGAGGUGUGAAGUGGGUGAGAAUCAGCCCAGAAGAUGAACCGAGCAAGUGAAGAUGAGAGGCUGUGAAAAGCCAAGGAGGCCAUAAGCUAGAAAAGCUGCCAGCCCUGGUCUCUAGAAGAGUUCAAAAGACAGGGCCAACCUAGAGUCCUUCCACGCUCUCCCCAGAGCUGUGUGUCUGGCUGCUGCAUGUAGGUCCUCUAAGCCAUGGACAGUAAGCCUCUGGCUUGGCAAGCUUGGAGCCCUAAGCCUCUACUUCCCAGAGCCUAGAGCUAAAAAAGCCCCUGCAUCUAGAAGCCCAGCCUCAGAACUUCUGGAACUCACAGCCACAGAUGCACAGAGCUUCCCCUUGCUCAUCUAUGAUUUCUAUAGAAUAGAGCCAAAGAACCCCCAGCCAGCCAUUUGUGAUGAUUCCAAGCAAAGCCCUUGAAUUUCUGUGGAGCAGGUGCAUUCCAAAGCCCCUCCUAGGCCUAAAAUUUAAUUAUCUCUUAAUAUCUGAGCUCAGCUGGCUCGAGGAAAGGCAUUUGGCAAAACGCAAAGAAAAGAAAUUACUGUAACAGUUACUGAGUGCUUACCAUGUAUUCUAAGUGGUUUAAGUGCAUUAUUCCAUUUAAUCCUUCACAGCAGCCCUAUGAGAUCAGUACGGUAGUUAUUGCUUCGCUUUUAUAAAGAGGAAGUUGAGGAAAGUUAAUCAGCCUGCCGCAGGUGAGCUCCAUCUCUGGUUCGAUUUCAGACUGAUCAGAGGAGUUGUGAGGGAACUCUCUUCCAUGUCAUCCCCUCUGCUUUAAUCCAGCCUCUCUGCUGAUCAAGCGCGUGGCUUUCAAGCCAUCCUGUUUGGCCCCGUGUGGAAGCUGCAUGCUCAUUGCGCUGUCUCCAGCUGGAAUCCUGACAGUGUUGUAGCAAGACACCUUUCAGUGGAUUCACAAAGAGUAAAUCUCAGUGUCAACGUCAAAGGGAGCCUGUGGAGACCGCAACAGAAUCAUGAAUAAACUGGAGGAUAAGCAGGACCAGAUGAUACCAUGAAGAGAAGUUUACAGGCCCUCUAUUGCCAACUGUUAAAGACUAUGCUCUGGGAAGCAGUUCCCAGUGGAGUCAUGGAUCUCAUCAGUCCAGCUGUUGAACCCGUGAUCUCUGGACAUUUCUGGAACCCACCAGGCUUUCUCCUGACCUUGGCACUGACCAAAGCUCUGGUACUCGCCGUCCAGGAACCAUCUCCCAGGGAAUCUCUGCAGACCCUUCCCUCAGGCAGCCCCCCAGGCACCAUGGUGACAGCACCUCACAGCUCUACCAGACUUUCCUCCGUGGUGACACUGAACCCCAAACCUGAUGGACCCACCUCACAGGCUGCAGCUACUAUGGAAACAACAAUCUCUCAUCCAGAAGGGCAUCCUCCUACAGACACCAUGUCCACUGUUACGGUGACAGCUGCCAUCCCCCAUCCUGAAAGCCCUCUGCCCACAGGUUCCCCUCCAGCUGCCAUGGCAACCACAUCCUCCCACUCCGAGGGCCGCCCCCCAGGGGAUGCUGCCCCCACCAUCCUGCCAACAAAGCCAGCAGGAGCCACCAGCCGCCCCACGAUGCCCCCACGGGCCACCACUCGUAGACCCCCCAGACCCCCAGGCUCUUCCAGGAAGGGGGCUGGGGGUUCAUCUCGCCCUCUCCUGCCUGUACCCGGUGGCCACUCAGCAAGGAAGGAAGGCCAGAGGGGACGAAAUCAGAGCUCACCACACCUGGGGCAGAAGCGUCCUCUGGGGAAAAUCUUCCAGAUCUACAAGGGUAACUUUACAGGGUCUGCAGAGCCAGACCCCUCAGCUCUUACCCCUAGGACCCCACUCUGGGGCUACUCCUCUUCGCCACAGCCCCAGACAGUGUCUCCAGCCACAGCACCCGGAAGCACCUCGUGGGUGCCCCCCACAACCUCCCUGGUACCUGCAAAGGACAAGCCAGGCCUUAUCAGAGCCAAGCAGGGGAGUGGCCCCACAUUGACCAGCCCAGCAGGGGAGCCGGAUGCCACAGCAGCCUCAGGCACCCCUGCCAGUACACAGCCUGCCCCAGUGCCUUCUCAGCGCCCUCACGGUGACGUGCAGGACAGCCCUAGCCGCAGUGACUCUUGGCUUGCUGUCACCCCUGACACUGACAGACCCCCAUCUGCCAGCUCUGGGGUCUCCACGGCUGCCACGGGGCCCACCCAGGCUGCCUUUGAGGCCAGUGUCUCAGUCCCUUCCCAGGGCAUCCCUCAGGGAGCAUCGGCAACCCCUCGGGCCCCAACCUGGCCCUCGGGGGUCUCAGAAAGCACUGUUUCUCCAGCCGAGGAGAAGACUGAGGCCUCCCCCACCACAACCGACACGGGGCCCAGACCUCUGUCCACAGUGCUGUCCACGGCCACGGGAAACUUCCUCAACCGCCUGGUCCCUGCUGGGACCUGGAAGCCGGGAACAGUGGGCAACAUCUCCCAUGUGGCUGAGGGGGACAAGCCCCAGCACAGAACCACCAUCUGCUUGAGCAAGAUGGACAUUGCCUGGGUCAUCCUGGCCAUCAGUGUGCCCAUCUCUUCCUGCUCCGUCCUGUUGACAGUGUGCUGUAUGAGGAGGAAGAAGAAGACGGCCAACCCUGAGAACAACCUGAGCUACUGGAACAAUGCCAUCACCAUGGACUACUUCAAUAGACAUGCCGUGGAGCUCCCAAGGGAGAUCCAGUCCCUGGAGACCUCAGAGGACCAGCUCUCAGAGCCCCGCUCCCCAGCCAAUGGCGACUAUCGAGACACUGGGAUGGUCCUCGUGAACCCCUUCUGCCAGGAAACACUGUUCGUGGGAAACGAUCAAGUUUCGGAGAUCUAGAUGCAGCAGCCUCCGAGUUGCCAUUCCCUAUUUUUUGUCUCUAAAUUAUAAAUAUACAAAUAUAUAUAUUAUAAAUAUAACCUUUGUGUAACCCUGACUUAAUAAGAAACAUUUUCAGCUUUUUUUCUUAAGAAUUGUCAACAUCUUUUUUACAAGUGUGGUUUAAAAAAAAUUUACAGAAUGACCCAUGGCUUUAUAAAAUAAAGGUAUUUCUAAGCAAAGCAGUUGCACUGAUUGCUUCUCUUGACUGUUCUGGACAUGUAGGGGUCUCAGGAGCCCUGGGCAGGUGAGGAAAGUCUCCCAUGGAAGCUGAAUGUCAUGAUGGCCAAGUGAGUGGUCCUUUGUCUGUUCUUGGAGCUAUGGUUGACUCAAUAUGUCCGCAUUUCCUGUCUCCUUGUAUGUAUACUCGUAGAGGGGACUGGCGCACCAAGGCAGAAGACAAGCAAGGGUUCAAAACAGAAGGGCACUUGCCACCCUGGAGUCUCACUGUGCCAUCACUGAAUGUCAACUUUAAUGGACCUAUGGACAUCAAGGCAUCAUGGGGUUCCAGCCCCCUUAUAUCACCCCACAGGAUGCUCUCACCAUGCUAGAAGAAACAGGACUGCCUUUGUCUGGCAGAAAAGUGCUCCCUAGAAACCCUUGUCUGCAUCCCUCUCCAACACCCCCAGCUGCCCUAGACCCCAUGCCUCUCUUCCUGGGAGGACAGAUGCUGCUUUCGGCCUUGGGGCUAUGCCACACUUGUUCUUCCCAGUCCAAGGGUCAAGUGUUUAUUUAGAUUCUGUAUCACUUUCUCUGGAGGCAAUGAUGUGCCCCCUGAGAAACAGGUUUAUCUAGAAAGCCUUGUGGUGUAGAACUAUUUUUUUUUAACCUUCCCUAGUAAAUCUUUAAAGAAGAAGAUUGCCAAAUGAAUCACUCAAGAGAAGUGCCAUUCUGUCUACAGGCAGAAGCGCUGCAGACCUGCCCAUGAACUUGCCAUCAGCUUUCACUUCCCCCUGCCUUCCCUCUCUUGUUCCCUGGGUCCAGGUCCAGCUGCAGUCCCAGCCCACACUGAACCCAGUGUGGCCAAUUGGGAGCAGACUCUCAGAGACCCGAGAGGGGCUUCUGGAGGAAUCGUGUCCUCUGUUCCUCUCCUAACCCACCGUGGCUAGGAAUUUAACUUCAAACCCCCUCCCCUUUAAAAGAAAAAAAUAGUUUGAUAGUAUAUUUUGAAUAUAGAUGUUCUUAUUGUCAGAUUGGGGCUUGAAUCUGACUGUUGAUCCCAAUGUCUGUGUUGUUGCUGUGGUCUUCUUACCACGACUUCCUUCCCUCCUCCAUUCUCCUUUCAGAAAGAAGGGUGGCCUUCAAAAGUAACAUGUGUUUCUCAAUGUUGUGUGGACCUACUUGACAUGAGUCUGCUUGUCUCUUUUCAAAGACUUCAGCCCACAGAAGCAGCAGGUUAAAUGUUGUGCCGAGACUUGCUCUCUAACACAUUGCUGUCCGACCUUAACCUUAUCAUAAUAUUUCUGUUAGCUAUUGCAUUGAGUAUGCCAAUGUGUGUGAGUAUGUAUAGAGAAAACUUGUUUGUAAAGUAAAAUUUAUAUAUAAUAUAUGUCAUCAAAGGUACAUAUGUUAUAUAUACAUUUGUGGAUGUAUGACUUAUUUUUCCGUAUCCACAGAAUUCAGCUACCAUGUAUAUAUAAAUAAACUUAUUUUAUUACCCAGAGGA